AGAUCGGGAUUUCUUCUUCCGGCGAUCUUGUCAACAUAGCCAGCGAGGCUCCCCUGGAUUGGUGCGCCCUAUGUUUAUUUUACCCCCGCCGCAGACGGACGACGUUCACAGCAUAUAGCGGGAUCCAAACAACAUGUCCGCAGAGAGAGUGUUGACAGCGGUUGUGAAGAUCAAAGAGGAGGAAAUUCCUGCAGAUAUCAGCAUGGAUGGGGUCAGCCAUAGAUCCACCCGGGAAAAAGGGACGAGCUGCCGCCAAGAACAGGAUUACAGAGACGAGGACGUCCACCACCCUGUGAAGGAGGAAAAUCAAAAUCUUAACAUCGUGGUGGUGGACAUCGGGCCGGAGAACGCCAGAGGGAACGAGAUGGGCAUGAGGAUGGACGACAUGGAGAUGCACCCGGAUACCCGGACUCCAUACAGAAAACCGAGGAAGGGGUACAUGAGGAAGCCCUACAAAAAGUGGUGGUCCCCCGCGAAAAACCAUGGCGUGGUCCAUAAGAUGAAAUACGUGAGGAAGAGGUUGCCUUCAGAAUACAUCAUGAACCCGGAAUUCCUGAAGGAGUUCAUCACCAUGUACCGCGCCUUCCCGUGCCUGUGGAAUGUCAAAUUCGCCGACUACUCCAACAAGCAGAAGCGGAUGAAGGCCUACGAGCAGCUCGUGCAGCUGUGCCGCACCGUGUGCCCGACGGCCAACGUCCAGUUCGUCAAGCACAAGAUCGCCAACCUGCGGACGGUCUUCAAGAAGGAGUACAACAAAGUCCAGGUGUCCAAGAGGACGGCCGCGUGCGCCGCCGACGUCUACGUGCCGCGGCUCUGGUACUUCGACCUGCUGAAGUUCACACUGAGCCCGGACCUCCUAGAGGACGACGGCACGCUGAGCGCCUUGGACCUGCCCAGCAUGGUCGGUUUGCCCAGCACCCCCAGCGCACUGAAGAUGCCCGAUACGCCGGAACCUCAGGAAUCGCAGAUGGAGGAGGAAGUGAAGGUGAACCAUGAAAUUCUGGAAGAGUCUACAAACGUGUCUCAGGUGACCAGCAACAGCCAAUCGGACGACGUGGAGUUGGAGAUCCAUGACGAAAUCAUGGCUUCCAUCCGGCGGCAGAGGAAAAAAAAAAUGUACAAUAACACUAGUGAAGAAGAACUCGGAGAGCGCCUGCUGACUCAAGCCGCGGCACUCCUCACCAAGAACAAUGACGAGUUUGACGCCUUCGGCUUCAUGGUCUCGUCCAAGCUGCGCAGGAUGGACGAGCAGCAGAGACUGUUGGCCGAGGUCCUCAUCAUGGAAGUCUUAUACAAGGGCAUGUUGGGCCAGCUGACGGAAGACAGCCUCGUGUGCCAGUAUCCCGCGCAGUUCUACCAGAACCAGCCCUCGAGCUGACCGCUCCACUGCCCCGGCGAUGCCCACCCUCACCAAAUAGCCCUGGCCAACCACCCUGCCCUUUCAUGAGGUUCCUCCAGGAAAGCGUAAAAGC